GUAAAACCUCCGUCGUCUUCAGCCUUUCAGCCCGUGGCUACUAACUAGGGUUUAUCGUUCGCUGUCCUUCGCAUCCAGAGGGUUCUCUGCAGAGAAAAUGGCGUCUCUAAUGGCGAUACGUCGAGCGCGAGCCUCCAUUUACGCUUUCCCGUUAAAGGUUCGUCCUCUGCACUCUUCUUGCUUCGCUUCCAACCUGACAACCCCAAACCCUAGCAUCCAUCUCAAAACCCUAACCACCUCCGCCGUUCCGUACGAGUUCCAGAGCCCGCCGCAGCCGUCUGAGCCUCAUGGGGUUUUUCCUCAAGAUCACACCUAUUCUCAGGGAGGAUCUGGGAAGCCUAAUCAGAACUACGCUCAGCCUGGUAACUUUAAUCAAAGGAAUGCUCCAAAUCUGAACUACCCUCAAUCCCAAAUACCUAAUCAGAUGAACCAUCCGAACCAAAAUUAUUCCGGUCUGGGAAACCCUAAUUCGGGUCAGGGCUAUGGUCAUGGUUAUCCGAAUGAGAGCUAUCCUCAGCGUGAAAAUCCCGUUCAGAAUCCCAAUUAUCCGCCACCUGGAAACAAUAUGCGGUGGAAUUAUCAAAAUCAGGGUUACCCACAGCGUGAGCGUGAAAAUCCCGUCCAGAAUCCCAAUUAUCCGCCACCAGUAAACAAUAUGCAGUGGAAUUAUCAAAAUCAGGGUUACCCACAGCGUGAAUACCCCAGUUCGACUCAGAAUUACCCUCCAAGUGGAGGGCAGAACGGAUGGAAUCAUCAAAGCCAGGGUUAUCCGCAAAGGCAAUACCCUGAUCAAGCUCAGAACCAACACGGUGUGACCAACAAUCAAAACCAUGGUUACACUCACCGUAUAGGCUCUAACCAGGGGAGUUCGCAAGAACAAGCUCGCAAGGGGAAUGCUGGCCAGUUGAACAAUCAGGCACAGAAUCAAGGGCAUGUUGUAAACAACCAAGCCCCUAGUAGUCUGCCCUCUGUUGUCGAUUUGAUGACUUUGUGCCAAGAGGGAAAGGUCAAAGAAGCUAUUGAAUUGAUGGAACAAGGGGUAGUAACCAAUGCCCAGUGUUUUGAUUCCCUGUUUAGGUUAUGUGCAAAUUCGAAGGCACUUGAGAAUGCAAAGAAAGUGCACGAUUACUUUCUACGAUCAACUUUUAGGGGUGAUCUUCAAUUGAAUAAUACGGUGAUUGAAAUGUACUCGAGAUGCGGAAGUAUGACUGAUGCCCGAAGAGUGUUUGACCAUAUGCCGGAGAGGAAUAUUGAUUCCUGGCAUUUGAUGAUUAAUGGAUAUGCAGCAAAUGGAUUGGGAGAUGAUGGGUUGGAGCUGUAUGAACAGAUGAAGACAUUGGGGUUGCAAAUAGAUGAGCAAACUUUUCUUGCUGUUUUAUCUGCUUGUGCUAGUGCUGAUGCAGUAGAAGAAGGAUUUAUUCAUUUCGAGUCAAUGAAGACUGAGUAUGGAAUUGUUCCUGGGAUUGAGCAUUAUCUGAAGCUCUUAGAUGUUCUUGGACACUCUGGCCAUGUCACUGAGGCUGAAGAGUUCAUUGAAAAACUCCCAUUUGAACCCACAGUGAAAAUUUGGGAGGCAUUAAGGAAUUAUGCACGGAUACACGGAGAUAUUGAUCUUGAGGACCGGGCAGAGGAGUUAAUGGUUGGUCUUGAUCCCUCAAAAGCAGAUGCAAAGAAGAUCCCUACACCGCCGCCCAAGAAGCAGUCUUUGAUCAGCAUGCUUGAGGGUAAAAACAGGAUAGCGGAGUUUCGGAACCCAACUCUUUACCGGGAUGAUGAAAAGUUGAAGGCAGCAAAGAAGGAACAGGGUUACGUUCCUGACACAAGAUAUGUUCUUCAUGACAUUGACCAAGAGGCUAAAGAACAAGCUUUGCUCUAUCAUAGUGAACGUUUGGCAAUUGCAUAUGGUCUCAUUAGUACUCCAGCGAGGACACCUCUAAGGAUCAUCAAGAAUCUCCGAAUUUGUGGUGACUGUCAUAAUGCCAUCAAGAUCAUGUCCAAGAUUGUUGGUAGAGAAUUGAUUGUUAGGGACAAUAAAAGGUUUCAUCAUUUCAAGGAUGGCAAGUGCUCUUGUGGAGACUACUGGUGAAGUUACUGUCUUUUUGAGCUUCUCAAUGCUGGUGUCCCAUGUUUUUAUCUUUCCCUGAGCAGUUUAGUUUGUCAAAUGCCUACUGCCAAACCAUGCGGUGAGUCUAGGCAGGAAAAUCAGUAUGCUAUUAGUAGCAAAGUUAACAGCUUAUUCUCUCCUGCAUAUAUCUUACCAUUGUUCUUCAUCUGAAGCUGAAUCACAGUAUUCAUUAACAGUGUCCACUUUUUAUUGGCGUCUCAAGGAUCAUAAUGUGGUACUUCUUAGUCCCGUUUGCUUCAGGCUAUUGUACUUAUCAUGAUAGUAAUCACAUUUUCAAUUUUGGCUA